ACCAUGACUGCACAGUCGCAGAAGCUAUCCAGUCUCAAAGCGUGCUGUGUACAGCCCUCCAUUGCGUGGUAAUAGCAAACCUCGGGCUUGUCACCAACGCAUUGCAGCAUAUCACUUGCACUUUCUCACUACCGCCUGUGAAAGUCCUGACCAGCCGCUGCUAUACGCUGGGGACAUUGAAGAGACCAUUGUUUCCAUACACAGUUCCUUUGCCAGGCCUACCAAUUGCUCCCGAGCUCCUCCACGACUACCCCGCUGCCGCCACCCCGCACCACUACGACGACCUCAACCACCCCAGCAGUGCCUCACAAGCAUGACUUCUCUACGCGAGGAGGCCGCCCUGAGCGACUUCGGGAACUCUCACCAGCGCAAGCACAACGACUACUCGUACCGGCUUCCUGCGGCACCGCGGAUUGUCGUGCCACCACCGACCCUGAGCACCGACAUGCCCGGCAUCGUCGUGAGCUCUGAACAGAUGGGCGAACUCGACCUCACUUUCCUGCAGGAACUCGACCUCAACGACAUCAUACAAAAGAACACGCUCUUAGAGUGGUCAUAUGAGCGGCGGAGGCAUGCGCAAAUGCUGCUGCCGUGGCUCUAUCUCGGGCCGAUGCUCGCAGCACGAGACAAGGAGUACUUGCAGGCAGAGGGCAUUACAAUGGUGCUCGCGAUCCGGGCGCAGGCUAAUAGCAUGAUUGGCGCCCUCAAAGUAUCGCGCGAAGUCUGCCCCGAAGUUGCGACAAUCGAGGUGCCGAGCUUCCACGGGCUCAUCAGUCGCUUCGACCAGACGACCAAGUUGAUUAACACGCACUUGGCACGCUGGCGCCAGUACUCUCUGGAGAAGACGGGUCAAGCAGCCCUCGGGAAGGUCCUCGUCUUCUGCGAGUCUGGCAACGAGAAGUCGGCUGCUGUAGUCGCAGCCUACCUCAUGGAGACGCUUACCGACUUUGACCAUAUCAAGGCGAUGCAGGUGUGCCAAGCCCAGCGCUUCUGUGUCAACUUUGACGACAGUCUCAAGAACCUCCUGCAGUCUUACUGGGAUAUCUUGCAGGCCCGCCGAUCGGUCGCCAUGUACAAUAUAGUCACCACCCAGGAGACUGCGGCCGGGGCUACUUCCAAUACUCACUUGUCCACUGGUGUCAAACCGAAGCGCACCAUAGAGCAUACCCGGGAUGAUGAGGAUGUCGAGAUGGACGAUGGCUUGGACCCCUCGGAUGCGCUCCGCUUUGCUGGCCGAGACUCGACACCUUUCCAGAACCGGGACGAUUAG